AUGAUUCCAAAGUUCUCUGUGCAAACCGCCGUCGACAUGAAAUCCCAACUGAAAGAAAUGGGAAUCAAUCAAGUAUUCGAUGGUGGUGCCGACUUCUCACCGAUUUUCGGAGACAUGGAAGAUCUUGACGUUGUUGUUCAAAGCGUCAACCACAAAGUGCAACUCGACGUGGAUGAAAAUGGAAUGGAAGGAUCCGCCGCUACUGCGAUGGCCUUAGCUUUCAGGAGCAAUCUCGUUCACAAAGAGGCCUUAGAUAGGGCCCUCGCCUCCGUCUUAAACAAGCCUCCAUCUAAGACCGCUAGAGAACACGCACCAAAAUGA